AUGAUUUCGAUAAGAAGGUACUUGCGGGUACCGAAUGAGUUAAAGCCUUCUCAGAUCUUCAAACAAGAUUCUCUUUCUCCGAGUAAGAUUGGACUUCAAAUUAUUCUUUUGCAAGUUUUCUAUUACACUACAGGUACUAUUCUUUUCUAUUGCUGGGGUAAACUAGCGGGCUAUGAUCUUGAAAUCAGAAAGUGGCUCUUUUCUUGGGAGAAUAUUGAUUUUACGAACGCUUACGGUCUGUCACUGUCGUUUUUAUGGCUUUUGGAUUCAUUAAUAUGUGUUUUUUUCUUAACAGUUAUUGUUGGUCGAAGUAAACUGGCAUGGGACUUUGCUAUCACCAUACAUGCCAUUAAUUUUAUAGUGGUGUUUCUUUAUACUUGGAGAUUUCCUUCCUUUUCCUGGUUUUUCCUUCAAGUUCUAUCAUCCUUGAUACUAAUAUUUUUGGGGACAUGGACCACAAGAUGGAGAGAGCUCAAAGACACCUUUUUUGAGGGCUUGGUUGAUCCUAACGAGGGAGAAAACCAACUGGUGGCAUCAAGCCAGCAGCAAAGUGAUCACACACUACUAGUCCAAUCACCGAUACCACUGAAAGACCUGGAAAGCCAGAUAUGA